CUGCUGUAAACACCAAAACCCAGAGAGAGAGAGAGAGAGAGAGAGAGAGAGAGAGAGAGAGAGGAGAGAGAGAGUCCUGCUGAAUCAAAUUUUCAGCUCAAAAGAAUUUACACGCAGAAACUGUUGGCGAAAUCGGAGCUUUUAGAAACCCAAUUGGGUUUGUUUAAUUUUAAAAAUUCGUUUUUUAAUUUGGGAAAUUUUGGAAGAUUUGAAUUUUGGGAUUUAGGGUUAUUGAUUUUUGAGGGUGUUUGUGUGAUCGGGUGGGAAUUUGAUUGAUGGGGAUUUGGGGUUUUGUUGAAUGGGUCGUGGUUUGAUUAGUAGUUGAAGAAUUUGAGAGAGAGAGAUUUGUGGAUGAUUUCUGUAGGGACUAGGGAUGCAAGGAAGGGGAUGGAAUUAGGGUUUGCUGGUAGGAUAGAGAUGGAGGAUACUGAGCUUGAAGAAGGCGAAGCUUGCUCUUCCCACAUCAAUGAAUACGAUUCCAACAUCGAUGUCGAUGUUGCUCUCUCUUACAUCGAUGAUAAAAUUCAGGAUGUUUUGGGACACUUCCAGAAAGAAUUUGAAGGUGGAGUUUCUGCGGAGAAUUUGGGGGCAAAGUGGGGUGGGUAUGGCUCAUUUUUACCUUCUUAUCAGCGGUCUCCAGUGUCGUCUCAUCCAAAGACUCCGCAAAAAGUUCAGAACUGCAGCUUACUCAAAUCUCCCAACAAUUUGAAACUUGAGGCUGGUCAACGUAACAAUGCAGUUUGUUAUAAUACACCUCAGUCAGUGGGAGUUGGACCUGCUUCUACGGGUUCCACCUCGCUUGUUGCACCAAAGGCACCUUCAGCAAAUGAUCCAGUCAAACAAGAAGGAAGUGUGUCAUUAAUUCAAGCUGACCAGUACGCUCCUCGGCAUGAAUCUGCAAACAAGAAAGAUAUUAAUUCAUUGGACCAGAAAACACUGAAGGUGCGACUUAAAGUGGGAUCGGAUAACUUGUCGACACGAAAAAAUGCUAUCUACAGUGGGCUUGGUCUUGAUGCCACAUCAUCUUCCUCAGUAGAUGAUAGCCCUUCAGAGAGUGAAGGGAUAUCUCAUGAGCCUCAAGAUGCCCCAUUUGAAUCUCCCACCUGUAUUCUUCAGAUUAUGACAUCCUUUCCCGUGCAUGAGGAUAUGAUGUCACCUCUUCAUGACGACCUCAUUUACUUAAUUGAAAAGGAAAAGCUCCUAAAAGAGGGUAGAGUGAAUGGAAAUCAUACCAUGGAGGGAGCUGAAUCAAAGAGUGGGAAAAAUAAGGAUGGAACUGGGCUUCUGUCAAAGAAGGAACAUGACAUUGACAUGUUUGCUUGUGAGGAGCUUGUUUCUAAAACCUUGAAGCUCCCACUUCUAUCUAGUUCAUUUUCUACUGUCAACGAUGUGAUAAAGAGCAAAGAAAUGGAUAAGAAAACUUUAGUGAGGGAUAAGGUCUUCCCUGGUCAAGCAGAAGAUGAACCAAUGGAGCCAAUUUCCACCCAAGAGGAUGGCUGGGUUGAAAAGCGAAAAGCCAAUUUGGCUGGAAAGGUUCAGGAAGAUAGAAAAGUGAAUGUGAGUGAGGACGUUUUGGUUCACCCAAAGAAAGAGGGCCAUUGCAGGGUAGAGAAAACUUAUGAAUUGGUAAAAGGUGACUUAAAUGUUUCCAAAGGGAGGAAAUCUCUAAAUACUGAAGUCAUGGACCAUUCAAAGCAGAAAGUCAAUCAGAAGGCUACAUCACAUGAGGUAGAUGAUACAAGACUAAUUUCUGGGAAGGAGUAUCCAGUACCUGGGGAGAAAAACAAACCGAAGGAAAGUCACAGGACCACGGUUGCUGAGUUUCCAAAAGAAAGCUCAAGGGUUGGUUCUUCUUCAGCGCCCAAAAUGAAGGGCACUCAUGCAAAUAGUUCUAAUAUUGAUCAAAGCAGGGAUACAUAUAGAGAUUUGUUUGGGGAUAUAGAUGAAAAGAACCAAAUGAAUUUAUCUGAACUGCCAGUUGAAGAUAAGCUUAAGGACUCUGAUGCUGUUGCAAAAAGCACAUCUGCAGUUAACAGUGCAUCAAGGGAGAGACAAAGUGGCAAUAAAUUUGAAAAACCAUCAAUUACAGACUCAUAUCCUAUGACGGCUUCAAAUAUAGCCCCACACUCUGGAAAUGGGCCUGUGUCUGCUGUGCCUCCUGCUACGGGGGCUCCUGCACCGAUAGCAGAUAAUUGGGUGUGUUGUGACAAGUGUCUGAAAUGGCGGCUUCUUCCAUAUGGCACAAACCUGGAGAGCCUACCUGAGAAGUGGCUGUGUAGCAUGCUUAAUUGGCUGCCUGGAAUGAAUCGGUGUAAUGUAAACGAGGAGGAAACAACAGAAAAGACGAAAGCUCUCAUUGCACAGUACCAAGUUCCUGCCCCUGAGAGUCAAAAUAAUCUGCCCAGAAAUCCUGGUUUACUGGAAGGAGUGGCAUUGCCUAAGCCUCGAAACCCUGACCAAAACCUUGAAAAUUUUGGUUUGCCUGCCAUGCCUAGUGGUGGAAAGAAAAAAAUUGGAGCAAAAGAAUUGCCAAAUGCAACUAAUAAAGAUGGUUCCAUUCAGUUUCCAAACUCUAUGAAGAAAACCAUGCAGGCAUCGGUGAAGAGUAGAAGCUUGAAUGAUGUGAAUCAGUCUCCACUGCCAAGUGAACCUGAUUUGCAGCAGCUAAGCAAAUCCAGUGACAUGGCAGUGGAGAAACGAAAACACAAGUACAGGGAGAAGCAUAGAGAUUUAGAGCGCUCUACUGGGGGAGCAUGUCAAACAGGUGACAUCAAGAAUUUAAAGAUAAAGAAUAGAAGAGACUCUGAUCCAGAUUCUUCUAGAGCUUCCAAGAAAAUCAAGACUGAAGUUAAACAUAUCAAUGAUGAAGAAUGGGCAUCAGACUACAGUGGGGCAGUUGGGGAGGUAGGUAUUAGCUCAAGUGGUGGUUUUCUGACUGCUGCUGCAGGGAAAGAUCAAAUCAAGAACAGGUCACACGCUGCUUCUAUUACAAAAGCAAAAGAUGAAGCUUUCUUAAAUAGUCGAUCCUUAGAUGUGGGAAACAUUGAUUCUAAAGGUAGAUCAAAAAAGAGAAAACUGAAGGAAUCCUCCGAUUCUCAAAUUCACAUGGGUUCCAUUCCAGCUACAGGGCAUUAUGUUGAGGAUCAUUCAAUCGCCGUGAAGGAGGAGUUUAGUGAGAACUACCGCAGGAAAGAAAAGAAGGCAAGGACUUCUAAAUCCGAGGGGAAAGAGUCUAGUGCAAGCAAAGGAAGUGGUAGAACAGACAAAAAAAUCAGCCAUACAAAGAACCAACAACAUAGAAAAGAUAUCAGUAGCAGCUUAACUCACCGGAGUAGGAAUGAUGUGGAUUCCUUGAAAAAAGAUUUGGGAUCUGUACAGGUUCCUAUGGCUGCAACUUCAAGCUCGUCCAAAAUCUCUGGCUCCCAGAAAACGAAAUCCAGCUUUCAGGAAGUUAAAGGUUCACCUGUAGAAUCUGUCUCAUCUUCACCUAUGAGAAUAUUGAAUCCUGAUAAGCUUACAUCAGUACGCAGGGACCUCAUGGGAAAGGAUGAAUCACAAAAUGCUGGUCAUUUUGCCAUAGGUAGCCCAAGAAGGUGCUCAGAUGGCGAAGAUGAUGGUGGGAGUGAUCGAUCUGCAACAGCGAGGAAGGACAAAGUCUCCACUGUGGCUUAUCAUGGGGCCCGUGAGUCUUCUGUGCUUGAUUUCCAGGACAGAGAGAAUGGAAAGCAUUAUCACUCUAAUGGGUCGCACCCAAGAAAGUCAGGGAAGGGAUACUCUUCUUCACUGUCAAAGGACAAGAAAAGGAGCUUUGAAUCUGAUUUGGACAUUGGUGAGGCCAAGAAUUCUAAUGUUCUCAGUGAACAGAAAGAUCAUUCACCCUCUCAUGGAAUAAAACCCGAGGAUGGUAAAAACAAGUUGCAGGAGAAAUUUGGGUCUAAAUCUGGUGAAACUGAGAACAAAUAUGUCAGCAAGAAAGAUGUUACCGGAAAAUCUUCCAUUGAGAGCAGUAAAAGGGAAGGUCAGUCGAAUUUUGGGGGGCAUGAUGGCCCAGAUGUUAAGCCAGAAACCAUUUGCAAAAAAGAUGCAAUUUCUACUCCCAAGCAGAAUUCACUGCAAGAUUGUGAUGGUGAAAAGUCAUCAAAGAUUCCUUCUGAAAAAACUGAACGAGUGGAUGCAGGCUCAGUUAGGGGGAAGUCACUACCCUUGCCACCCUCUGGUGGAUUUCAAAAUGAGAUUACGGGUCGUUGUCCCCGACCAGCUGUGGGUUCUCAAAAGGGUAAUGGAGCAGAUAGCUCACAAGUUGAUGCCUCUGAAGGUAAUGAUGCUCUGAAGCAAAUGCAAACCAGAAGGGUUGAUAAUCAGAAUGGAGCUAAGCAUAUCAGUUCAAGGCAUCUUGCACAGAAUGGGCACAGGGCCAGGGAUAUUGAUGCCCCUAGUCCAGUUAGAAGGGACUCCGGCAGCCAGGCUGGUACUAAUGCUCUGAAAGAAGCUAAAGAUCUAAAACAUCUUGCUGAUCGCGUCAAGAACGCCGGGUCUUCCGAAAGUACGGGGCUUUACUUCCAAGCGGCUGUCAAAUUUAUUCAUGCUGCAUCUUUGUUGGAGAACACUGAUAGUGCCAAGCAUAUUGACAUGACUCAGUGCAUGCAAAUGUAUAGUAGCACCGCGAAACUAUGCGAGUUUUGUGCACAUGAAUACGAGAAAGCCAAGGAUAUGGCUGCUGCGGCUUUGGCCUACAAAUGCAUGGAAGUGGCUUAUAUGAGGGUGAUAUACUCCUCACAUGCCAGUGCAAGCAGAGAUCGUCUUGAGUUGCAAACAGCUUUACAAUUGGUUCCUCCUGGUGAAUCUCCUUCUUCCUCUGCCUCUGAUGUUGAUAACCUAAACAACCCCUCAACGUUAGACAAGGUUGCCUUACCCAAGGGCGUUAGCUCUCCCCAAGUUGCUGGAAACCAUGUUAUUGCUGCCCGAAACCGUCCCAAUUUUCUCCGGAUGCUCAAUUUUGCUCAGGAUGUAAAUUUUGCAAUGGAAGCGUCGAGGAAAUCGUGGCUUGCAUUUGCAGCUGCUAAUACAAACACGGGAGAUGCUAAGCGUGCAGAAGGUAUAUCUGCCAUUAAAAGGGCUCUUGACUUUCACUUCCAAGACGUAGAGGGAUUACUACGUUUGGUACGGCUCGCGAUGGAGGCUAUCAGCCGUUAAAAAAGGCAAGUAGUUGUGUUAUGAUUCAACCCUAGCAAAAGGUCAAUUGGUGAAUCCUUGGGCUCAUGCCUUAAGGAAGGAGGAAAACGAGUCUGGUCUUGAUACUUCUGCUGAACUGCUUGGAACAUCUGUUGAGCGACUGAUUGUUUAUCUUCAUGUUUCAAAUACAGCAAACUCCUAGUCAUUUUAUUUUAUGUGGUCUCGAAUCUGCUUUCUAGCACUGACAAAUCAUCGUCAAGUACGGCUCUAAUGAAAAGAUUCUGGAGCUGCUUCUGAAAGUGGAUUUACUUCAUCAAGAAUGUGAGGGGAGAUAUAAUAGUUGUAUAUAAGGACGAGAGAACGAGUUCUAAAAUCAAUAGGGGGUUUGUUUUGAGUUCAAAAACCAGAACUUACAGCUUUGGAGAUUCUUAAUUGUUCAGACUGUUAACUUAUCUUGAUAAUUCGUUAUGUUGAACUUUGUGGAGAAGACUGGCAGCUGCCACCUUGAUUCAACAGUUGAGACCACACCGACGCUGUAGAAAAGGGUGGAAAAGAUGGAAAUCGUAGGUUGUCUUCACUUUUGUUGUAGUUAGGAUAUCUUCUUUGCGUUAAUAGAGACGAAAUCAGAUGAAAAAAAAAAAAAUUACAUUAUCAGCGAAUUAUUAUCACUGUUAUGCAUGUUAGCUCGAACCUGCUGCGCUUGCCUGAGUUUCUUUCCUCAAAGUGGCGACAAUGUAUAUAUCAUAUACUAAUCAUUGAAUCGGGAUCAUUGAAGAAUCUGCGCGUGUUUCCGUCUGUAAAGAGAAGGGGAUCGGUUGUAUAUUAUUAACUCGGUCCUUCAGAUCUAACAGGUUGAGCAGCGGGGGUAGUUGCGAUUUCUGCAGCUCUAGCGAGUAGACGUAUGAAUUCGGUGUGAUAUUCUCGUUUUGAAUUUUGCCGGAUGUGAUGUGGAUAGUAUAGUUUCCGAACAGCUAGUGAUUUAACGAUUGUUUAGCGAUGGAAAUAACAUUUGUUUAGGUUUACACAAUAAUGUUUAAAAUGAGUUCAGCUAGCGAUAGUUGUUAUCCGGGUUUUAGAAUUAUUCAUUGAAAAAAGCCGGAAAUGUCAACGGGAGGUUUUGAGCGCUAGUACUACGAUUUGGUGGUAUUCUUUUUAGAAAAAUACGUUUUGUAGAUUUUUUAGGCCGCAUCAUCUCUAAUUUCUUCCAUGAAUUUUAUGGUGAAAAAUUGUGACUAUAACUCGUAAUGUUUGGCUACCUGGUAAGCUAGUACUAUUGUCUGGUGGUACUCUUCUUCACUACAAGUGAGAAGUUUUAUGUUCAAUUUUUUUAAGAGACAA